UGAGUACUCAUGUCAUCAGGGAAUGUGCAACACCUGUGAUUUCUGUUCAGCUGCGCAUGUGUUGUUGAGAUUCAUGCUGCACAGUGGUUCAGAUUAAAGUUGUUGUAGCUGGCCAGGCACUAUGGCAGAGUACACUCUGGAAGUGACUACAGGAAGCAUGUUGUAUGCAGGCACCUUUGAUAACUUGUAUGUUACCCUGAUCGGCACAGAGAGGCAAUCUGAGCACACCCAGCUGACUAGUUUUGGACUGGAUGAUAAAACUGGUAAGGCAGGAACGUUUUCUGUGACAACACUCUUUUCUUUAGGAUUUCUUCUCCUCCUCAAGUUGGAGAAAGAUCCUUUCCAUGAAUCUCCAGAAAAGGACUGGUUUUGCUCCACAGUAGUGGUGAAGACACCUGAGGAGGAUGAAAUUCUUUUCCCCUGUCACAGGUGGCUGUCCAGAGGGGAAUCUGUGUUGUUGAGAGGGGGGAGAGCUACAAAAGCAUUUGAAGAUCUUCAUCCUCGACUGGUAGACGAACGGAAAAAAGAACUGGUCCAACAAAAAUUAAUGUACAAAUGGCAGGAGUAUGCAGAGGGACUGUCGUACAUCUUAAACAUCAAUGAUCCAAAAGCUGUCCCUGCAGAUGUACGCUUCUCAUUCUCUAAAGCCUUUCAAUUUAGAUCCAACACGGAACUUGAACUGAGAGGUCUGAAAGAUUCUGCGGAGCACUUUGAAAGCUUUGAGGCCAUGAAGGAGGUCUCAUGGUUCAAAAAGGCCCCCUUCUUAGAGUAUGUGUCGGAGCAUUGGAAAGACGAUGACUUUUUUGGAUACCAGCUGCUCAAUGGAUUCAACUUCUUUCUGAUCCAACGAUGCUCAAAGCUGCCCUCCAACUUUCCUGUCACAGAGGAAAUGGUGAAACCUUUCCUGGCCAAUGGAAGCUCUUUGACUGAGGAGAUGCAGAAGGGCAAUAUAUUCAUUAAUGAUUACAAGAUCAUGGAAGGUCUGCCUACAAAAGUUAUCAAUGGUAAACCAAUACCUGUGACUGCUGCUAUCUGCCUGCUGUACCUAAAUCCAGAGGGGAAACUACUGCCAAUCGCAAUUCAGCUCGGUCAGCAUCCCUCAGAGGAGACCCCAAUUUUUCUGCCGAGUGACUUGGAGUCUGACUGGCUGCUGGCUAAGAUAUUUGUAAAGAAUGCAAAUGUCCUGUAUUUCCAAGUAAUCAACCAUUUGCAGAACACUCAUCUACUGGCAGAGGUUUUUACAAUGGCGACACUUCGCAACCUCCCAAUGAUUCACCCCCUGCACACGCUGCUGAUCCCCCACCAUCGAUAUACCCUCCAUAUAAACAUCAUUGCUCGUGCUCUUCUCUAUGGCCCUGGUAGAAUUCUUGGAAAUAUUUCAAUUGGAGCAGACGGAGUAACAGAACUAAUGAGGAGGGGGCUCUCCCAAAUGACCUACACCUCCCUCUGCCUGCCUGACAACAUUGCAGCGAGAGGAGUGGAGUCCAUCCCAGGCUUUUAUUACAGAGACGAUGCACUGAAGCUGUGGAGCAUCAUCAACAGCUUUGUCAAAGCAAUGGUGGCAUAUUAUUAUCCAUCUGACAGUGAAGUGUCUGCAGAUUCUGAGCUCCAGGGAUGGAUCAAAGAGAUCUUCCACUAUGGAUUUCUGGGAAAUGGUGACUCAGGAAUCCCUUCAAGGUUUCAAACUGUGGCGGAGCUUAUCAAGUUUGUCACUACGGUGAUCUUCGUGUCAUCAGUUCAGCAUGCGGCAGUCAACGGAGGACAGUUCGAUUUUCAAGGUUGGAUUCCCAAUGCUCCGUUUGGUCUGCACCAAGCUCCGCCCACCACAAAGGGCCAGUCAAGCAUAGAGGCCAUCUUGGCGACCCUGCCAAAUAAAUCACAUGCAGGACAUAGCAUGUCAAUUUUGUGGCAGCUCAGCGAGAAAUACAGUGAUUUUGUACCUCUGGGUAUUUAUCCCAAGCAACGCUUUGAUGAGGCUGCAGCCUUACAGAUGAUCAAGGAUUUUCAAGCGGAGCUGUCCUCCCUCAGUGUGGCUAUUACCAAGAGGAACUCAGAACUUGAACUGCCUUAUAAUUACCUGAACCCUAAAGAAAUAGAAAACAGUGUAACUAUUUGACCAAGCUCUAACAGCUGUGCUGUCCAAUGUACAUUACCAUUACUACAAAUAUUGUGUAUCUGCUGAGUCAGUGAUUUCUGUACUUUAACUGACACUAAAAGCUAAGAUUGACAGUUAUAUCAAUGAUGUACUUUGUUCCAUUAAAUAUGUGUUAUGUUCUAUAUAUACUACGACUGGUCAAAAGUACAAUAGCGGUAAUCUGUGGUAAACAACAGCCUAACCAAGGUGGUGAACAUGGUAUACACAGGCAUGCAGAUAUUUAUAUUGUGAGCUGUUAGCGUAAUGAUGGCAGCGUUUACUUUAAUGUAUCACUAUGCCUAAGUACAUUAUGACAGGGCAGCUAGUGUGGCUGUGGACUCUGUGGAUGCUUCUUUGUGUCGAACUGCAUUUGAUGAACAGAUGGCGUUAAAUAUAAUUUUCUACAGUGAACCUUUUUGCGGAAGAUCAAACCUCUCUCCAGAAAAGUGGUUCAGGACACAGAACAUUUUCUCAAUUGAGAAAAUGUGUGGAGUGAUUUUUGUGCCGUACCAGCUCACUAAAGUUUCCUGUUAAUUUGCAGUGGUGGUUAAUUCAGACUAAAUCCAUCCUUUGUUUGAAAGAACUGAUAUUCUUUACA